AAUCGAUUCUGGGGAGAAUCGAUGUUGAAUCGUACAUCCUUAGGAAUUUGUGGUCACACUCCCGUCUCGUUACUUAUUGCUUACAAACAAACAAUAUUUUUCGUAAUUUUACACGCUAGUUAAUUUAUAUACAUAUUCAAAAAAGCGAACACGUUAAAAAGAUGAGUAGGAAAGAAGCACUUCAACAAUUCAUCCAUCAAAUUCAUGGAAGGCCGGUGGUGGUUAAAUUAAACAGUGGCGUAGAUUACAGAGGUGUAUUAGCUUGUCUCGAUGGAUAUAUGAAUAUUGCUCUUGAACAAACUGAAGAGUACGUUAAUGGACAGUUAAAGGAUAAAUAUGGAGAUGCAUUUAUUAGAGGAAAUAAUGUACUUUAUAUUAGCACACAAAGACGUAGAACUUGAUUAUAUAUUUUAUAAAAUAAUUAUUAAAAUUAACAAUUAAUUGCUACUCUAUAUAUAAUAAAAUUAAAAAAAAAAACAUUAAUUUAUUUAUAAUCGAUUUUUUUUUUAUUCAAAUACUGUAAUUUGAUUAUGAAAUACUACAAAUAUAAAAAAUGAA